UUCUGGACCCGGGACGGAAGCGGAGGUUUGGGGCGUUGAAGGAAGAGAAAAAGGAGAAACGUAUAGAGAAUAGGAGGAGGAAGGAGAAGGAAAGGGAGAAGAAAAGGAAAGAAAAGGGGAAAAGGAAGGAGGAUGAUAAUAAGAAAACGAG